UAUUAUAAAGGAGAAAAUAUUAAUUCCCUCCUCGCCGUGGGCCGUGACGUCAGCAUAGGAAGUCAUUGUGGAGCAACACCGGAGCGAUUAGCGGCAAAAAGGGGGAGCCUGAUGUCGAGGAGUCAGCCCUGUGUAUAUCUCUCCAUGCGCCUCAACUUUUAACACAAAGUUCAACAUCCAAACAGAAAAAAAACAAAAAGCAACGAGGACGAGGAGCAGCAGAGCCGCACUUUGUUCCACUGAAUGUAACAUUGGACCAUCCAGACUGUGAGCCGCACAAACGUGGAUUUUCUCCUUUAUUUGUUGUUGUUGUUUUUCUUUUCUUUUUUCUCUCUCUCUCUCUUUUCUUUUGGGUUUUCUUCUCAGCUCUUUCCUCCUUUUUUUUUUUUUUUUUAAAUCUUUUUAAAUUUCUCCUCUCUCUCAAGAGUGUAUUUCGUUGUGAUUUGAUUUGAUUUCCCACACUGCGGGAGAAAGCAGCGCGGCCGUUGUUAUGAAGGCUUCACCCGUCCUCUCUUAACAUGGAAGCAUCCAGCGGAGCGAGUUUUGGGAUAGACACUAUUUUAUCCGGCGCCUCCAACUCUGGCGCCCUCAUGAACGGAGACUUCCGGCUCGCCGACGGCCGGACGGCGGAUUUCAGGAGCCAGGCCACCCCGUCGCCAUGCUCGGAGAUAGACACGGUGGGCACGGCCCCGUCGUCCCCCAUCUCGGUCACCAUGGAGCACGGCGGCGAGCCGCAUCUGGUCCCGGACAGCCUUCAGCAUCAGCACCACCUCCAUCAGCAGCAGCACCACCACCACCACCACCACGGCCAGCAGCAGAGCUUACCGCUGUCUCCCCAGCAGCAGCAGCAGCAGCAGCAGCAGGUCGGAGGCGCCGGCUGCGCCCCCAGGACUGCCACCUCCUCGUUUUUAAUCAAAGACAUUCUGGGCGACAGCAAACCGCUGGCGGCCUGCGCACCUUACAGCACCAGCGUCUCGUCGCCGCAUCACACGCCCAAACCGGAAAGUGCCGCGGGACCGGACGUGUUCCGGCCCAAACUGGAGCAGGACGAGAACAGGAGCAAGUUGGACAAAAGGGACGAUAUUCAGAGCGAAAUGAAAUGCAACGGCACUAAAGAAGAAGGCGACCGGGAGAUCUCCAGCAGCAGAGACAGUCCGCCGGUGCGCACGAAAAAGCCCCGCAAAGCCCGGACGGCCUUCACUGACCACCAGCUCAACCAGCUGGAGAGAAGCUUCGAGAGACAGAAAUACCUCAGCGUGCAGGACCGCAUGGACCUGGCGGCGGCUCUCAACCUGACGGACACGCAAGUCAAGACCUGGUACCAAAACAGACGGACGAAGUGGAAGAGGCAGACGGCGGUCGGUCUGGAGCUGCUGGCUGAAGCAGGAAACUACUCGGCCUUACAGAGAAUGUUCCCCUCGCCCUACUUCUACCACCCGAGCCUGCUGGGCACCGUGGACAGCACCACGGCGGCCGCCGCGGCCGCCGCCAUGUACAGCAGCAUGUACCGGACUCCCUCCGCGCCGCACCCCAGCCUGCAGAGACCUCUGGUCCCGCGGGUUCUUAUUCACGGCCUGGGGCCGGGGGGCCAGCCGGCGCUGAACCCCCUGCCCGGCACGCCGCAUCCGCGAUAGAAACAACAACGAAAAACGAAAACGAGAAAGAGAACCCGCCAAAAACAGGACGCUGCUUGAACGCGUGAUGUGGGGAAGCGCAAAGGGAGCAUCACUGCAGGACUUUAACCCCCUUCCCCCGCCCGCUCCCCCGCCCACAGAAACAAACACAACAACAAAAACAAAACAACAAAAACAGAACAGAGACAGGUUUAUUAAAGACAUUCUGCAGGAUGGGGCCCACACAGCCGGAGCCCACUCCUCAAGACUCUGCGUCCGGCCCGGACUGCUCGUGUCUGAUUGUUUGUUUGUCUUUUGUACAAAUACACUCACAUUAGCAAAUAAACUUAUAAAGUUUACUAGAUGGAGAAGACGUGAAUGAAUAAAAGACGUAAUGAUACUAA